UAUACGACUAAAACGGAAGGCGGCUAAAAAAAGUGCAUUCGCGUGCAAUUUUUUCUUCUUUCAGUUAUUUUUUUUACCGUUUUAGGUGUUUGGUUUCCUCCUUAUGCCAAAAAAAUAGGUGCCAUGGCAUCCUCAAAAAGCCAAUCAAAUAAUCAUGCUGGUGCUUCCGGAUGUUCCAGAUAUAGCGGAAACGUGGACAGAAUAUUCGCAUGUCCCGUUUGCUAUGAAAAGUACGAUUCCCACAUUAUGCUGUGCAAGUCCGGACAUUCUGUGUGCAAAUUGUGCUCAGAACGUCUCCAACAGUGUCCCCAAUGUUGCGCCGGGUAUCUUGGGACACGGAAUUAUGCACUUGAAGACUUUCUCACUGAAUUGCAGCGACUAAAAACGUCACCAGAGGAAGCGUUUGAUGACAUUACUUCUGCUGCUGAAGCUCGUGAAAUUAAAAAGAGGACAAAGGAGGCUGAACAGAUAGAGACUCUAAAGAGAGAAUGUCAUAGAACUUCUCAUAGCGACUAUGUGGUAUGCAGGCUACGCAAUUGUAGACUUUCAAUGCCUUUGGAUGAUUUGAAGAAACAUUUCGAACAGAGACACCCAGGGGAAUUCACUAUACUUAGAGCAACGCCCUACCUCAGCAAAUCCUUCUUCGCCUACACUGUUCAUCUUGUAAAUCAUCGCUAUGCCCUCAUAACUGAAUUUGGUAUAUUCUUCCUCAUCUUGCGCAUCGAGAAGCAGCCUCUAGAUGAGGAUGAGCCCUUGGCCACACUAACAGCGUGGAUUCAAGGCACAUGCAAGGAUGAGGAAGCGCAUCUCUUCUACUCGAGUAUCCAGGUUCAAAGACAUACCUGCAAAGCUUCUUAUCAUGACUACGUGCAAGGUUGUCGACCAACUGUUGCUGAUAUUGAAGGCAAAAAUGAAUGCCUUAAAGUCUCGUUGCACAUGAGUGAUGAGACCAGCCUUAGAAUUUCUGGCUAUGUCUGCCUCAAUAAGUUCAGCAAUAAUCCUCAUCCUCGCCGAACUAUCACAGAGAUCUGGAACACAGCCGACAAUAAUGCGUACUCAGAUUCUGAGUAAUAUUCGCUGAUCUUUAUUAUAUUGAACAACCAAUACUGUCCACCUUUGACCAUAAGUUACCAUAAAAGAAUUUCGAGAAUUUUCAAUACAAUUUUGUUAAACCUUUUGUGUGAAGAGAAUUAAAUAAAGAUUAUUGAAAGGA